GGUCACACUGCAACCAACGUCAACACGACAUCCGUUUUCUUUCUCUUUCUUUCCAAUUCGAGAAUUUGGCUCAUACAAACGGCAAAAAUGUCGCUCGUUAUCCCAGAGAAGUUCCAGCACAUCCUUCGUAUCAUGAAUACGAACAUUGAUGGCAAGCGCAAAGUUGGUAUUGCCAUGACCGCCAUCAAGGGUGUGGGUCGUCGCUACUCGAACAUUGUGCUGAAGAAGGCCGAUGUGGAUCUCACCAAGCGUGCCGGUGAAUGCACUGAGGAGGAGGUCGACAAGGUUGUCACCAUCAUCACCAACCCUCUGCAGUACAAAGUGCCCAACUGGUUCCUCAACAGACAGAAGGACAUUAUCGAUGGCAAGUACUGGCAGCUGACUUCUUCCAACUUGGACUCCAAGCUGCGUGAUGAUUUGGAGCGUUUGAAGAAGAUCCGCUCCCAUCGCGGUCUGCGUCACUACUGGGGCCUGCGUGUCCGUGGUCAGCACACCAAGACAACUGGUCGUCGCGGUCGCACUGUGGGUGUGUCCAAGAAGAAGUAAGCUGCCAACGUUCCCCACAGUGAGAUCGCUGAUUCUACUUUAACUUUUACAAAAACCCCAAAAAUAAAUGAAAAAACGGAAACUGGAACGUUUUAGUGCGGA